GACGAGAGGUAGUAUAUGAACUGCGCCGCGCCGCCACCCCUCUCACUGCCCCUUUGCCUGACGGUACUGCGAGGGUGGGGUGAUCGAAGCCACGGGUGUUGCGUCGUAGAUUGACCAAGCUUGUGGGUGUCUGGAAACCAAAGUCGUGUGUGAGUGACUGUGAAAGUUUGUUGUGAAGAGCCAACGCCACUACCAUGCCUGGCCACAUCGUCAAGUCCACCGGCCCAGACCCCGACCCCACCGAGUUCCUCUACGUCUCUCUGGAGCAGAAGCGCACUGACCAGACCAAGCCCUAUGACGCUAAGAAGUCUUGCUGGGUCCCUGAUGAGAAGGAUGGUUUCGUCGAGGGUGAGAUUCAGGGCACCAAGGGAGACCUGGUGACUGUCAUGGCUAGGGGUGAGACUAAAAACUGGAAGAAGGAUAACGUACAGCAGGUCAACCCACCUAAAUUCGAGAAAUGCGAGGACAUGUCCAACCUGACCUACCUGAACGAUGCCUCCGUCCUGUACAAUCUGAAGUCUCGCUACGUCAACAAGCUCAUCUACACCUACUCCGGACUCUUCUGUAUCGCUGUCAACCCGUACAAGCGCUACCCCAUCUACACCAACCGUGUGGUCAAGAUCUACCAAGGAAAGAGGCGUAAUGAGGUGCCGCCUCACAUCUUCGCCAUCUCUGACGGCGCCUACACGAACAUGUUGCAAGUUGGAGAAAACCAGUCUAUGUUGAUCACCGGUGAGUCCGGCGCCGGCAAGACUGAGAACACCAAGAAGGUACUCUCCUACUUCGCCAACGUCGGCGCCACCAUCUCAUCCAAGAAGAAGGAAACAGAGAAGAAGCAGAACUUGGAGGACCAGAUCAUCCAGACUAACCCCAUCCUGGAGGCCUUCGGUAACGCCAAGACAGUCCGUAACGACAACUCCUCCCGCUUCGGUAAGUUCAUCCGCAUCCACUUCCAACCGAGCGGCAAACUUGCUGGCGGUGACAUUGAGGUCUACUUGCUGGAAAAGGCUCGUGUCAUCUCCCAGCAGCCAGCCGAGCGAUCUUACCACAUCUUCUACCAACUCAUGUCCGACCAAGUAAAAUGGAUCAAACCAACAUGCUAUCUCAGCAACGACAUCUACGACUACCAUUACGUGUCUCAGGGCAAGGUCACCGUGCCCUCCAUCGACGACAAGGAGGAAAUGCAGUUCACAGAUGAAGCCUUCGACAUCCUGGGAUUUUCAAAAGAAGAGAAGGCCUACGUGUACCAGACCACUUCUGCUGUCAUGAACUUUGGCGAGCUGAAGUUCAAGCAGAGGGGGCGCGAGGAGCAGGCAGAACCCGACGGCACGGAGAAAGGAGAAAUUGUGGGCAAGCUAUUGGGUACGGACGGCAUUGACCUUUACAACUGUCUGUGUAAGCCAAAGAUCAAAGUGGGUGCUGAAUUUGUGACGCAAGGCCGCAAUGUGGAGCAGGUGCUGUACUCCGUAGGCGCCCUCUCCAAGGGUUUGUUCGACCGUAUGUUCAAGUGGCUGGUGAAGAAGUGCAACAUCACACUCGAGACGGCCCUCAAGCGUCACUCCUUCAUCGGCGUGCUGGACAUUGCUGGCUUCGAGAUAUUCGAUUACAACGGCUUUGAGCAGAUCUGCAUCAACUUCUGUAACGAAAAGCUGCAGCAGUUCUUCAACCACCACAUGUUCGUGCUGGAGCAGGAAGAGUACAAGAGGGAAGGCAUCGAAUGGACUUUCGUGGACUUUGGCAUGGACUUGCAGGCCUGCAUUGAACUGUUCGAAAAGCCUCUAGGUCUGCUGUCCAUCCUAGAGGAGGAGUCCAUGUUUCCCAAGGCCACAGACAAGUCCUUCGAGGAGAAGCUCAAAGCCAACCACCUCGGCAAGUCUGCAGUGUUCAUCAAGCCCAAGCCUCCCAAGCCAGGACAGAAGGAGGCCCACUUCGCCAUCGUGCACUACGCCGGCACCGUGCCUUACAACCUGACUGGCUGGCUGGAGAAGAACAAGGAUCCCCUCAACGACACAGUGGUGGAUCUCAUCAAGAAGGCUUCUAACAGGCUGAUUGUGGAAAUCUUCUCCGACCAUCCUGGACAAUCCGGCGGGCCAGACCAGGGCAAAGGUGGUCGUGGUCAGAAGUCCGGUGCCUUCAAGACUGUCUCCUCUGCCUAUAGGGAGCAGCUCGCCAAUCUGAUGAAGACCUUGAACGCCACUCACCCUCACUUCAUCCGCUGCAUUGUGCCCAACGAGACUAAGUCCCCAGGUGUGUGUGACGCAGCCCUCAUCAUGCACCAGUUGACCUGCAAUGGUGUACUUGAAGGCAUCCGUAUCUGUCGCAAGGGUUUCCCCAACCGCCUCUACUAUCCUGACUUCAGGCACCGGUACAUGAUCCUCGCCUCCAAGCCCAUGACACAGGCCGGAGGGGAUAAGCCAGCCACUAAGGUGUGUCUGGAGAUCAUCAACCUGGACACGGAGAAGUACCGAAUCGGGCACACCAAGGUGUUCUUCCGUGCUGGCGUGCUGGGCAGCCUGGAGGAGCUGCGUGACGACCGUGUGGGCAUGAUCCUGUCUUGGCUCCAGGCUUGGAUUCGAGGCUACGUGUCCCGCAUUGCGUUCAAGAAGCUGCAAGAGCAACGCAUCGCUCUCAUUGUAGUGCAGCGGAACGUCAGGAAGUUCAUGAAGCUCCGCAACUGGUCUUGGUAUCGCGUCUGGCAGAAAGUUAAGCCUCUUCUUAAUGUCACCAGAGUCGAGGACGAGAUCCGAGCACUCGAGGAAAAGGCUACCAAGGCUCUUGAAGAACUUGAGAAAGAGAGUAAGCUUCGCAAAGAAUACGAAGCCGCUAACAUGAUUUUACUAGAAGAAAAGAACAACUUGCUUUUAUCUCUGGAGUCUUCGAAGGGGAGCAUGUCGGAGUUCCUGGAGAAGCAGGCGAAAUUGCAGGGUCAAAAGGCUGAACUCGAAGCUCAGCUGAAUGAAACCUGCAACCGACUGCAGCAAGAAGAGGAAGCUCGUAAUCAACUCUUCCAAGGCAAGAGGAAGAUCGAGCAAGAGGUCAACAGCCUUAAAAAAGACAUAGAAGACUUGGAACUGACCAUCCAGAAGGCUGAGCAGGAUAAGGCCACAAAGGAUCACCAGAUACGUAAUCUGAAUGAUGAAAUCGCGCACCAAGACGAACUUAUCAACAAGGUUAAUAAGGAAAAGAAACAUUUACAGGAAAGCAAUCAAAAGACCGGUGAGGAUCUGCAAGGGAUCGAAGACAAGUGUAAUCACUUGAGUAAGGUGAAGGUAAAGCUGGAGCAGACCCUGGACGAGCUGGAGGAUUCCCUGGAGCGAGAAAAGAAGUUCCGUUCUGAUAUAGAAAAGACAAAACGGAAAGUGGAGGGUGACUUAAAAUUAACCCAAGAGUCCAUUGCUGACAUGGAGCGCAGCCAUAAGGAAUUGGAACAAACAAUUCAGCGUAAAGACAAGGAGUUGGCCUCCUUGUCCAAUAAACUGGAAGAAGAACAAAAUGCACUGGCUAAGGUUCAUAGGCAGAUCAAGGAUCAGCAAUCUCGUAUUGAGGAGCUCGAAACAGAGGUUGAACACGAGCGGCAAGCCAGAGCGAAGGCCGAGAAAAACAAGAGCAAGUUAGGCCGAGAACUGGAAGAGCUGGGAGAUCGCUUGGAUGAGGCCGGAGGAGCCACUGCCGCCCAGAUCGAGCUCAACAAGAAGAGAGAGGGUGAGCUGGCCAAGCUUCGCCGUGAUCUCGAGGAAGCCAAUAUUCAGCACGAAGCAGCAAUGGCCAGCCUCAAAAGAAAGAACAACGAGACCGUGGCGGAAAUGUCGGAGCAGAUCGAUCAUUUGAGCAAGAUGAAGGCCAGAAUUGAAAAGGACAAGGAGUCCCUGAAGCGCGAGGCGGACGAAGCCAAGGCGGCAAUGGACACUCUGGCUCGGGAAAAGGCUGCAGGAGACAAAGUGAACAAGCAAAUUAUGCUUCAAAUGAAUGAAGUCCAGGCGAAGCUGGAUGAGGCAAACAGAACUUUACACGACUUCGACGCCGCCAAGAAGAAGCUGGCGGUGGAAAAUGCUGACCUCCUUAGGCAGCUGGAGGAGGCAGAGAGCCAGAUCGGCCACCUGUCCAAAGUGAAACUGUCUCUCACCAACCAGUUGGAUGACUCCCGCAAAUUGGCGGACGAGGAGUGCAGGGAAAGAGCAACAAUCCUUGGAAAGUUCCGCAACCUUGAGCACGACAUUGACGGUCUGAGGGAGCAACUGGAUGAAGAAAGCGAGGCCAAGGUUGAUGUGCUGCGACAAUUAUCAAAAGCUAACGCCGAUUCUCAGAUGUGGCGCGCCAAGUACGAGAGUGAGGGCGUGGCCCGCUCCGAAGAGCUCGAGACCGCACGCAUGAAACUCGCUGCCCGUUUGGAAGAAGCCGAGCAGCAAAUUGAGCAGCUGAAUGUUAAGAAUCUCCAUCUGGAGAAGACCAAGCAGCACAUCACAACUGAACUCGAGGAAUUGCAGAUCCAGACGGAGCGCGCCCAGACCCUAGCCAGUACUGCUGAGAAGAAACAAAAGAACUUCGAAAGAAUUAUCAGUGAAUGGAAGAUGAAGGUCGACGAUUUGGCUGCCGAGCUCGACGCUUCGCAAAAAGAAUGUCGUAACUAUUCCACCGAACUCUUCCGUGUCAAGGCUGCCUAUGAGGAGAACCUGGAACAGCUAGAUGGUGUACGACGUGAGAACAAGAAUCUUGCUGAUGAGAUUAAGGAUCUGAUGGAUCAGAUUGGAGAGGGUGGCCGAUCCCUGCACGAAAUUCAGAAGAACGCUAAACGUGUCGAGAUAGAGAAGGAGGAGCUGCAGGCUGCCCUGGAAGAGGCUGAGGCCGCCCUGGAGCAGGAGGAGAACAAAGUUCUCCGUAGCCAGCUGGAGCUCAGCCAGGUCAGGCAGGAGAUCGACCGCCGCAUCCAGGAGAAGGAGGAAGAGUUCGAGAAUACUCGCAAAUGUCACCAGCAUGCUCUCGACUCCAUGCAAGCUUCCCUGGAGGCCGAGGCCAAGGCUAAGGCUGAGGCCCUUCGCCUGAAAAAGAAACUGGAGUCUGAUAUCAACGAGCUUGAGAUCGCCCUUGAUCAUUCCAACAAAGCCAACGCAGACAUGCAGAGACAUCUAAAAAAGAUACAGGCAGAAAUGAAAGACAUGCAAGUUCGCCUGGAGGAGGAACAACGACUCGCGUCCGAGCUGCGAGAGCAACUCGGCAUUUCUGAACGUCGUACCAACGCCCUGAAUGGAGAGCUGGACGAAUCCAGAUCUCUCCUUGAACAAUCUGACCGCGGGCGUCGCCAGGCUGAAUCAGACUUGGCCGAUGCUAACGAACGCAUCAGUCAACUCACUUCCCAAAAUGGAUCGCUCACCAUCGCCAAGAGGAAAUUAGAAAACGAGAUGCAUACGUUGCAGGCUGAAAUGGAUGAGAUGCUGAACGAAACCAAGAACUCCGAGGAGAAGGCCAAGAAGGCCAUGGUGGACGCCGCCCGUCUGGCCGAUGAACUGCGCGCUGAACAGGAACAUGCCCAGAACCAGGAGAAGAUGCGCAAGGGUCUCGAGAGCAGCGUGAAGGAUAUGCAAGUCCGACUGGAGGAGGUAGAGAGCAACGCUAUGAAAAGCAGCAAGAAAGCUCUGAGUAAACUUGAAGCUCGAAUACACGAGCUAGAAAGUCAACUGGACGAUGAAGCUCGCCGCCACUCCGACGCCCAGAAGAACCUGAGGAAGUGCGAGAGGCGCAUCAAAGAACUCACCUUCCAGGCCGACGAGGACAAGAAGAACCACGAGAGGAUGCAAGACCUUGUCGACAAACUCCAGCAGAAGAUCAAGACCUACAAGAGGCAGAUCGAGGAGGCUGAGGAGAUCGCCGCCCUCAACCUGGCUAAAUUCCGCAAGGCCCAGCAGGAACUCGAGGAGUACGCAGAACAGGCAUAAAUAUCAUUAUAUUGCACUUAAAUUUAAACAGUAAACAGCGAUAACCUGCACCGGUUGCAACAAAAAAUAUGUUUUCCAAAUUUCAAAACGUCCCAAAAAAUUACCUAUGCAACAAUUACUUUAUGCGUCAUCUAAUUGGUUACUAUCCUACCACUUAACCCUCACACAGACACAAAAAUGCUUGUUCACAGUUCACACAGUUGAGAAAGACCUCUGCAGGUGAAGUGAAGCCUAAUUUAGUAACCUUACUACAUUGUAAUCUGACAAAGCAAUAAAAAUCAUCAUAAUCA